UUUUGGUCAAAAAAUAUUCUCUGAUCGGAAGCAUUUUGGUCGAAGAUGGCGUCCUCCGUCGACGAGAUGGAAUCGGAGAAGAAGUUCAUUGCCCAAGAGAUUCGGACACUCGUCGACUCUGCCAAGACGUUGCAAGAUUUAGCCGCCGCUUCCAUUUCCAGAGCAGUGCGAGAAGAAGAACUUCUCCGUCAGCGAGCACACUCUCUAGACACCGCCUUUAUUACUUCACGCUCCUCGAUUGCCUCCUCUUUGGAGAAACGAAUCAUAUCUUCCGAUGAAGCAGAAAAUCUGGAAGAAAAGCUGUGCAGAGCUAGCUUUACAAUGACUGAAGGAGAUGCAGCAGCAUUUCUACCCAUUAAACCCCAUGGUCGAUUUCUGCGACUACUUCUUGGUCCAAUUAAUGUUUCUGCCUCACAAAGAGAUGUCAAAUUGAAAGUUAAAGGGGAGUACAACAAGUUCAGAGAUACAACAGCAAUUCUAUUUCUCGUCUUCCCUUCACUUCUACUUAUCUUGAGGUCAUGGGUUUGGAAUGGAUGCCUACCUGCAUUACCAGUUCAUCUUUAUCUGGUCUGGUUGCUGUUUCUGUACACAUGUUUGGCUUUGAGAGAGAACAUACUUCGAGUCAAUGGAAGUGAUAUUCGACCGUGGUGGAUAUACCAUCAUUAUUUUGCAAUGGCAACAUCAGUUAUAAGCCUGACCUGGGAGAUAGAAAGGGAACCAAGAUGUGCUCAUAAGCAGAGAGGGGUCCAAUAUUUUCUUCAAUGGGCAAUCUUGCAAGGAGUUGCAAUGCUUCUACAAAACAGAUAUCAACGGAAAAGACUCUAUACACGAAUUGCUUUGGGCAAGGCUAGGAAAAUGGAUGUUGUCUGGGGAGAAACAGCUGCUGUAGAUGGUCAACUUUGGCUUUUGGCUCCUAUUCUAUUCAUGUUGCAGGGGUUUAAAGCAUAUGUGGGAAUGUUAUUACUAAAAUCAGCCUUUGCUGCCAUUUCUGAUUGGCAGGUAUUUAUAUGUGGGAUCCUUUUGAUAAUAAUGGCUGUCGGGAACUUUGUGAACACGAUACACACACUUAAAGGAAAAUCUCGUGUUAAAGAAAAAAUAAAGAGAAGCAAGAGCAGACAAGACUUGAGAGCAUGCAUGGCGAUUUCCACUCGUGUAGGAUCAGAGCUCUUCUGUCGGGGAAGUAGGGUAGGUAAUAAUAAUGAAUCUAUAUCCUCUUCUUAAGUUCAGAUGGUAAGAAUAUCAUAUUUUCUGUUAAUUAUAAAACUGUUAGCUAUGCACUUUGUCUUUGGAUCUUAAAGUAAAUAAUAAAUAAUUAAACAGCUUUUUGGUUUG